UGAGCUAGCUUUAGCUCAGUCAGAAAUCAUCAGCGAUCGUACGCUGUUGAAGGUGGAUAUUUUCCUUAACAUUUCGGCUUGUUAUUUGUCGUGAAUAUCUAAAAUUGUAAGGAUGGUGGCCGCCUGGGUUACUGCGGCUAUUGUGACGGGAGUAUGGGCAUUUGUUGGUAUUGUUCUUCCAUUUGUUGUACCGAGGAAACGAGCAGAUAGAGGAAUUAUUCAACUCAUGUUAACUCUAACUGCAGUAUGCUGCUAUUUAUUUUGGUUAUGUGCAUUCCUGAUGCAACUCAACCCCCUUUUUGGACCACAACUGAGCUCCAAAGUCAUUAAAGCACUUUUUUAUGAAUGGGAUAAUGCAGAAAUUCCUGAAGAUCCGGAGAAUUAAAAACCUUAACUUCAGCCAGUCAUCUCUUCCCAACCCCCCCUCCCCCCCCCCAGUCUGCAAAAUGCGGGUUAUUUCUCUUCACUUGCAAAGGACCAUUACUAUGCCGGUGCAUGGGGGUUUGUUCCCCCACAGGAGUCAGAAAGCAGUUCUUCAUGAUACGUUAGUGAUUGAAUAGACCCCUUGUAUGUUAUGUCACAUGCUCAAGAAGCCCCCUCACUGGGGUCUAAAGCGCCCUCACUUGGGUCAAAGGAGGCAAAUCAAAGGAGGCAAAUGAUUGGACGAUAGCUGUUCUAGGAGCCCAGUGUCACUGUAGCGUUUGACAUUAUGCAAGGGAUCUAUAUAUUACAUUCUAUUACUCUGUCUCCUUCAUGCAAGACUUGUGUCAUGUCAAGGUACAUGUAUUAUACAGGAUUAGUAGAGAUUACAAAAUAGUCGCAUACAGUCUUCAUGUUUGUGUGAUCAACCAUAAACAUGAAAUAACAAACCUGUCAGAAUUUGGGCUUAAUCCGUAUUGUGGGGCAGGAGAAAAUAGGUCAUUAUUAGUAAUCUUUCAAACUAUUCCUUUCCAAUUCUGUAUAAUUAUUGAAGUACAAGUUAUUCAAAUGCAAAGGAGAAGGGCCUAAUUUAACAUUGAAAAAUAUUGCUUAUCAAGCAUCGCUAAGCGUAAGUAAACUUGAAAUCUGUCACAUGACACAGGAUUUGUAUCUCAUUAAGUUUUUAAUGAUGCGGUAUUAAACAUUAUCAAUUGCAUGUGUUGGUUUUCUUAAUGUUAGGAUAUGUCUAUCUCAUUUAUCUCAUUAAUUGUACUGUUUUGUUGACUGGUUAAUCUUGUAUUGGCUCAUAAAUGUAUAGAGUGUAUUUAGCAUAUCUUUACUGUAAUCAGGGAAAAGUGUUCCUGCUAAUCUUCCUAGAAUGUCAUCAUGUCCCAUUUGGGAUACACUUAUACCCUAUUGGGUACCGUCUUUCCCCAAUAAGGGUAUCAGAUCGAUGAUACCCAACAAUCAGUGAAUGCCAUUUGGGAUAAGUGUAUCCCAUUGGGGUUACAUUUAUACCCUGAUCUGAACCUCUGUGAGUAAACCCAUUGCCGAAAGUGUUUAACUCAAUUUGUUAAUGUUGGUUUAUAGAUUGGUAUAAUAAUAUGUUAUUAACUUGAUAUUGUAUAGUAAUAUGGAUGUAUCAAACGUAUGUGAUUUUGUAUAAAUUAUUACAAAGUGAAAAAUACUUGUCAUUAAACUACUAUACACAAUAUA